AAGGUCGUCGGGUGGCGUCUUAACACUAUUGGUUUACGUCAGUAGUCGGGCGGAUCUGCACGCGAAGGUUCCCGGCAUGGCUUUUCCGACGAGUGUGUGGCGGCCUCCACGGCCCUGUGAUGAUUACUGGAGUGAGUUCAAGCACUGCAGGAGCUUUCAGCAUCUCUUUCACAGCUACUACACGUUUGGAUCGGCGCCCUCAUGCCAGCAGUGGAAGCUGGACUACUACAGCUGUCAGGAGUGGGAGAAACAUCACAGUGCACAGGCCAAGGAUGCUCUGCAGGCGAGUGAGCGAAAGCGGGUUGAGGAAAAGCAGCGGUACAAGCCAGUUUGGGAGUUGAGGAAGAAACCGCCACAUGACUGGUAUUUGCCAUUACAGGAUGAAAGGGAAAAUAAAUCGUGAAGCAGUGCGAGGCAAGCCUGUAGCCCACACUGCUUGGUCACCACAGACACCACCAAUAUGCAUAUUUAAUAAAUGGGCCCAGUGCUUUUCUUACA